AUGACCGGCCUGCGUCGCCAGGCGCCCCCGCCGCCUUUUCAGAUAUAUCAGGAUCAGGAUCAAGAUCCUCAGUCCCAGGAUGCCGAAUAUCACAACUCUCAAACGUCACCGCCUUAUCAGCAGGCGCAGAGACCCCGGCCACAGCUUCAGCCAUCGGCCAUCCCUCGUCAGUCUCCUCUUGGCUCGACACACCCGCACAAUGUCGCUUUCAACCCCCAACCUUACCAUCAAGGCCAUUCCAUGUCCCCGCAGAAAGUGCAUCAAUUCCACCAACCUAUGACGGCUUACAAUAACUUGACGUUUGUUGAUCUACCAGCGCCUCAGCCUAUGGCAAGCUUUGACGAAUCGCCCACAAAGCGCCACGUCCCGGAAUCGGCACCAUAUGUCGCACCUCAGCCAAACCAGGGGAUGCAUGUCUUCAGCGCGAGCUUUGAUUCUUUCGACCAAGAGAAUUAUCCGGCCACGGCGGCCAACGACAAUGCCGACUUCCCCUCCCCGUCGUACAAUCGCCGCAACAUCCUGAAGCGAUCUCAGUCCGAUCUCGUGCAUGUCGACGACCGUGCCAUCAAACGUCAGCGAGUAGAGGAAGAGACUCAGGUUCCGAUUCCCGCCCCCAGUGACAUGCCCGUCCUCGAGGAUGACGGAAACAAGCCACCCUACAGCUAUGCUCAAAUGAUCGGCAUGGGUAUUUUGAGAGCACCUCAACGUCGGCUGACCUUGGCUCAGAUCUAUGAAUGGAUCUCAACCACCUUCUCCUUCUACCGAGAAGACCCUAAGGCGGGCUGGCACAACUCUAUCAGGCACAAUCUUUCCUUGAACAAGGCUUUCACCAAAGUCGACCGUCCAAAGGGGGAUGCUGGCAAGGGCUGCUACUGGGUCAUUGUUGAAGGCAUGGAGGGCCAGUUUCUCAAAGACAAAGGUCGCAAAGGCAACAACAGCCACAACAAUAAUAUGGCCAACAUGACCGUCCACGCGAGCGUCAUGUGUCCCGAGCCCCAAUCACUCUCUCAGCCACCCCCCUCACUGGAGCCGCUGGCGCCCAGCCCAUUCAUCCAAGAAACGUUUCCCGUGCAGCCACGACCUCACACGGCUCCUCCAUUACCGGAUCUGUCUUCAGAUGCCACUGUGCCUGCUUCAGACCCGGCUCUGCACGAGGAUGUGGUCUCUGGCGCGAUCGAUUCGACCAACCUCCCCUUGCCAGAAUCUUCGCCCCCUCAAGCGAUGAACUCCUCACCUCCAGUUGCGGCCAAUGCCCAUCGUCGCACCGGCUCAUCCCCCAGCGCUCAUCGCCACCAGCCUCCGGCCAUAAGCCACAAGCGCAACGCGGCUACCAUGGACGACAGCGGCUACUUCUCGUCACUGCCAUCGUCAGCCAUGCGACCGAAGCAGUCACAAGCUUUCUUGACCUCUGAGGCGGAUGGCGAGCCGGCCAGAAAGAAGCGGAAGGCUGGUCGAGCGGAAGCCGAAAUCGAGCGGAUGCGAUACUCGUCUGUGGACCCAACGCCCUUUCACUUCCGGACUACGGCUGCCAACGGUACCCUCGAUCCGACUGCAUCUUCGCCACCACCGCGCUCGAGUCCUGUACAUCAGCCUGCUACACCACUGAUCACCUUCAAGAAGCCUGCCAGGCCCGUCCCUGACUCUGUCUCUCCCAACGCACAACUUGCACAACACCGCCAUGAUAUGCAGACAUUCCUUGGCGUUCCCUCGACUCCCGACCUUUUCUUCCAUAGCUACGGUCUGUCAUGUCCAGAUACCACUUCGCCUAGCAGAAUGGUUGCAACACCUAGUGCCGGCAUUGGUAGCGAGUUCCAUAUCUUUGAUGAUAACCUGUUCGCUACUCCCAUCAUGACGCCAGGCUAUGGACGUAGCCCCCUGAAGUCGGCCAAGCGCUCCGCCCCAGGACGCGACUUGGCUAAGACAGGCACCGCAUCUAGCACUCGGCUCAGAGAGAUGCUCGCGCAGGCCGACCAAAACCGACUCAAUGUUGCCAGAGACGGAUCAACGAACAAUAUGAUCAGUCCGUUCAAACCGAGCCCAUUUCUGAGACAAACCUCUGCCGCUGCAUUCAAUGGCAGCCCACUGAAGUGCGUGACAGCUUUCACGGCCGGCGGCAGCGAAAACGAGUUCCAAGAACUCAUGACCUUUCCUGACGACCUGUCCGAUGAGAUUGACACAAGUCCCAUCGAUCUGCUCAACGGAUUUGAACCAAUCGGUCUUGACAUUGUCAAUCCCCGGGCUGUGUCCAAGAGACCUGGUAUAGGUGGCCGAAGCUUCACCAGCAGAUUCUGA